AUGCCCGGCAUCAAUGCGAUCCCCCAAUCUGCAACUUCGAAUGGAAGUUCAAACCUCUCUCCCUCUACUAUUCGCCGCUCUGAUCCCAUUCCUAUCUCCAAUACCCACCACUCUGCAAGGCAACCAGCUGCUUCUUUGACUGGAGGUCGUGUACCCCGAAACCAGCGUUCUUUCUCGCGUACUCCUCGCCAACACGCCACUGGAACCACCCCUACCACUCCUACCACUCCCGCCCAAUCCAUUGUAAGAACACGAGCCAUGAGCAUCGGAAGCAGAAAGGCUCCGCUGCCAAUCGAUUUUAUUAUUGUUGGUGCAGGUAUUGCCGGGCUUGCCACCGCAUUCGCACUUGCCCAGAGCGGCCACCGCGUGCGUAUCUUUGAGAAGCGUAGUGGUAUAAAUCAGCGUGCGGUUGGUGUGCGAGUCCCGCCAAAUCUCUGUAAAAUUCUCUAUGAAUGGGGCCUGCAGGAGGAACUCGCCACUGCAACACGAUGCCGCAAAUCCGCUUUCCAUUCCAUCGAGACCGGUAAGGUCAUGGGUUAUCUCGAGUGGCAAGAGGACGUUAUCCAAGAAACGGGAGGCGAAUUUCUCUUGAUGCAUUAUGAAGAUCUCUACAAGCUGCUGUAUAGACUAGCCCUAUCACAGGGGGUGGCGGUCCACUUCAACUCCCACAUCACCUCUGUUUCUUUUGACGACGAGAAGGAAUUACCUUCGAUAACGUUGGCAGAUGGCUCCGUUCAAUAUGCUGAUUUGCUUGUUGGAGCGGAUGGUUAUCAUAGUGUCGUGCGGGAGGCUGUCACUGGCGAGCCUGAUCGGGGCACCGACAGUGGAAAUACUUUUUUUUCAAUUGUUAUCCCUGCAGAAAAGAUGAAAGCUGACCCUGAUUGGGGUAAAUGGUUAGAAGCAUCCGAGUGGCCAAUGUGGAUGGGGGAUAAUAGGGUCAUUCUCGCAUAUCCUGUUCGGCAAAAUACGGCCUAUUGCGUUCAUGCCUACUGGCCUGAAACGUGUAUUCGUGGCGGUCCGGAUGAUAACGAAAGCUGGGAUCGAGUUGCUCCCACGAACGCCAUAGAUUUUGGCACCGCCCAUACAAGCAUCAAGCGCCUGUUUAACAUGGUCCCCGAUGCAUUGCGAACAAAGUAUAUUGUAAGGGAAAUAGUCGAAGAUUGGGUGGAUGAGACUGGGUCUAUGGUCCUGAUUGGAGAAGCGGCACAUUCGCUCAUGCCCUGUACGAUCCACAAUCUCAGCCUCGCUGUCGAAGAUGCAGCCGUGUUUGGUGUUUUGAUGUCUCAUCUGCGGUCACGGAAUCAGAUCCCCCAACUUUUGGAGGCAUUCCAAGAUCUGCGGUAUUCAAGAGUCCAACAGGUACAACAAUCAGAACUGAACAACGCAACGCUCGUGUGCCUACCUCCUGGCGAGUUCCGGGACAUGCGAGACGCGGGAAUGGCUCUAUCGUUGAAUCCAUCCACCGAACCAUGGGACGAUGCGAGGCUACGAGAACAAUGGGACGAAAUCGGCGGGGUUUUUGGAUACAAUGCACGGGAGGCAGCUGAAGACUGGUGGAUCAAGUGGGGAUCCCUCGGAGAUGGCACAAGAGGUCAUGCUGCACAUGAAUCCUUUAACCUGGUCUUCGAAGUCACCGAAGUCGCUGUUUCGGAGGAUUAA